AGAGAGAGAGAGGGAGGGGCCCCGCCGGUUCCCACCAUUGGCUGCUGCUGAACCACCGACAGCUUUACGGCCACAGAGGAUGUGCGUGAGCGGCGGUAGCGCUGGUCCUCGGCAUGAUUGCCACUGAGAAGACUCUAGCGCCGCGUUGUCUCCUGUAGACCCCGUCUGAACCCGAUCCAACCGACGGGAGAUGCGCCCGGAGAACCGCGGAUACAUCGUCCGGACACCGCGGGGAGAAGAGGUAGAAGGGGCGGCGGAGGAGAGGAGCAUGUAACCGGGAGAGACGCACCGGCAGCGGCAGCAGCAGCGGUGGUGGUGGAGGAGCAGGAGCAGGAGCAGGCACCACCUGACUCCUCUCCCUCUUGUUCCCUUCUGUCUCUCUCUAUCUCUCUCUCGCGUCCCUCCUUAUUUGAGGCUCCGGACUGAACUCGUGCCUCCGGACGUUCAUAUCUGCGGCCAACAUGAGCGAGGAGGUGUCAGAGGUCCCCAAAGAGCUGCUGGAGAGCGUGAGGGAUGCGUUGGGGAGGAAGGUGAAGCUGUCGCUGAGGAGGAGAGUCAAACUGGAGAUCAAAGCGGACAAGACGGAGAACAGAGUGUUGGCUCUCGCGUCUCACCGAGCCUACCUCCUGACAGCACGCAUCCCCGCCAAGGUGGAACACUCCCUUAAUUACCUGGAGAUCCAGGGGAUUGCUUGUAACAAGCCGACACAGCUGCUGAUAGAGUACGAGCGCGGCUCCUUCUCCCUGAAGCUGCUCUCGACAGAGGAGGUCAAUGAGGUGGUGGCUCACAUAGGAAACUGCCUCCUGAGGAUAUGUCCUGGUUUACCACCCAAUAAAGUGAUGAAGAAGCUUUGUAUGGAGCCUCCUGACCGGCUGACCGCUCUGCAGACUCUGUGGGAGAACAACAAGCCUGCAGAACCUGGACCCUGUGGUGGGUUUUCUCAGAUGUACAGAUGUGUGUGUGACUGGUUGGGGCUGCCCUACAAGGAGGAGGUGCAGUGGGAUGUGGACACCAUCUAUUUAACACAAGACACUAGAGAACUCAACCUGCAGGACUUCAGCCAUCUGGAGAACAGGGAUCUGGUGGCCAUAAUAGCCGUGCUGGAGUUUAACCAGUGGUUCACCAAACUCUCCACCAAGGACUACAAACUGUCUGCAGAUGUGUGUGAGCAGAUCUUCAAGGUGGUGUCUCGAUCCAGUCGACUGGAGGAGUUGGUUCUGGACAACGCAGGACUCAAAACUGACUUCGCCCAGAAGCUCGCUUCUGCUCUGGCACACAACCCCAGCUCAGGACUCACCACCAUUAAUCUUGCCAACAACCCACUGGAGGACAGAGGUAUCUCCUCCCUCGGAGCUCAGUUUGCCAAACUUCGUACGGGGCUCAAGCAUUUAAACUUCUCCAAAACCUCACUCUCACCCAAAGGGGUGAACAGCCUUUGCCAGUCACUGAGUGCCAACCCGUCCAUCUCCAGCAGCCUGGUCCAUCUGGACCUCUCAGGGAACAUCCUCCGAGGGGACGACAUGCAGCUUUUCUGCCACUUCCUCGCUCAACCCAACAGCCUGGCGACCCUUGACCUCUCCAACACUGACUGCUCAUUGGACCAGGUUUGUUCUGCUCUGCUGCGAGGCUCAGUCCAACACCUCUCUGUCCUCAACGUGUCGAAGAGCGUCUUCCCUCACCGGAAAGGCAAAGAGGUGCCUCCAUCGUUCAAGCACUUCUUCAGCAGCGCCCUGACGCUGAGCUCCAUCAACGUGUCAGGAACCAAGCUGCCACCAGAGGCCCUCAAAGCUCUCCUGCUUGGUCUGGCCAGUAACCCCAGUCUGAAGGACGUGUCUGUAGACCUCAGCUGCUGCGAGCUCGGUCAUUGUCUGCGCUCAGGAGGUUCUCAAAUCCUUGAGAGUUGUAUAGCAGAGAUCCCAAACAUCUCCAGCCUGGAUAUCUCUGACAACGGCCUGGACUCAGAUCUGUCCACUCUGCUGGUGUGGUUGGCCAAGAACCGCUCCAUCAGACACCUCUCUCUGGGCAAGAACUUCAACAACAUCAAGUCAAAAAACCUCGGCCCGGUCCUGGACAGCCUGGUUCACAUGAUUCAAGAGGAGGAGUCGCCCCUCACCUCCCUGUCCUUAGCAGACUCCAGACUAAAGAGCGAUCUGACCAUCGUUCUCAACGCCCUCGGCAGCAACUCCUCGCUCACCAGACUGGACAUCAGUGGCAACGCCAUGGGGGACAUGGGAGCCAAGAUGCUGGCCAAGGCGCUGCAGAUCAACUCCAAACUCAGGACUGUGAUCUGGGAUAAGAACAACACCAGCCCUCAAGGUCUUCAGGAUGUAGCAGCUGCUCUGGAGAAAAACUUCACCAUCCGUUUCAUGCCCAUCCCCAUCAUCGAUGCCUCUCAGGCUCUGAAGACCAGUCCAGACAAAACGGAGGACGCCUUGCUAAAGAUUGAGAAUUAUAUCUACAGGAACCACGAGACCAGAAAAUACCUACAGGAACAGGCCUAUCGGCUUCAGCAGGGCAUUGUCACCACAACUACACAACAGAUGAUUGACAGGAUUUGUGUGAAGGUGCAGGACCACCUGAACUCUCUGAGGAACUCGGAGACGGACGCCAUCUUGGAGGACGUCAGGUCAGCAGAGAACCUCAUCAAAGACGCCAGAAACUCUAAAACGCUGCUUCCUCACCUCUACCACCUCGGAUCAGCGUCCAGAGACGAGGUGAACAGCUCCUCAGUGGGACCCAUCCAGGAGAAACUGGAGUCUAUGGCCGGGGAGGUGACAACUGUCAUGGACCAACAGCUCCAGACCCUGCUGGAGUCCAUGGUGGACACUGCAGAGUCCCUGUGUCCCCACGUGAUGAAGAGUAGUAAUCUUCGUCCAGAGUUGGUGAAGACCAGCUCAGCCAAGAUGGUCGUGCCCAAGAGCUUUGUCACCAAAACGCUCCUGGAGCAGUCGGGGGUGGAUAUUAUCAACAAGCUCAGUGAGGUGAAGCUGAGUCUAGCGUCCUUCCUGUCCGAUCGCAUCGUUGAUGAGAUAUUAGAGGCUCUUUCCACUUCACAACACACUCUGGCCGACCAUUUGGUACGUCGAGGUCGCCCUCUGGGGCAGCAGGAGUCGGUGGAUCUGGACGCACCCGAGGGGAAGAUCCCUAAGCGGGCAUCGGCUGAAAUAUUAGAGGCAGAGAGGCUGGAUGAUCUGGAGACGUGCAUGACUUUGUGCUGCACCAGUAUGACUCCUAAAACCAAGAGGAAAAGCAUCCACAGCAGAAUGCUUCGACCAGUGUCUCGUGCCUUUGAGAUGGAGUUUGACCUGGACAAGGCUCUGGAGGACGUUCCCAUCCAUGUGGAUGACGCUUCGACAUCAUCUCAAACUCCGCCUACUCCGUCUCAGGUCCUGCCCAAACUGGAGCACCGUCUGGCGGGAAAGAUGGUGGAGCUGCCGUCUGAGGAGGAGAAGAAGCUGCAGCACUUCACCAAACUGCGACCACGCAGGAACAAAAAAAGACAUUCCAGCAAAGUACCUCAAAUAAACAGUGCUCCACCUCAAGAUGGUGAGCAGAACGGCCUCAUGGGAAGAGUGGAUGAGGGUGUAGAUGAGUUCUUCUCGAAAAAAGUCACCAAGAUGGAUUCCAAACGUUCCCUGAAGAAUUCGGAGUCUCAAGACGGAGAGAAAAAGAAGAGUAAAGGAGGAUUCCUCAACCUCAUCAAACGAUCCACCAAAUCUGACAAAGCAGAUAAGUCAGAGAAAAACCAGACGACUCCUUUAUCCUCUGGUACGUCCUCAGCACCAGCCUCCACCAUCCCUGAGGAGCCCUCCUCACCAAAGGUGGCAGUGAAGAGCCCAGCACCUGAGUCAAAGUCAAGAGAUGCCUCCAGUCGCUCGCAGGCCACAGACUACAGCAGCAGCUCAGACCGAUCAGAAGAGCUGAGGACGCCUGAUUCCAUAGACGAGCCUUGGGAGGGCUCAGACGGCAGGGGCAGUCCUCAGGGAGGGAGGCGGUACCCGGGGAUGCAGAUUAUGGGCAGCGGCCUCCUGGCAGAGAUGAAGGCUAAGCAGGAGAGGAGAGCACACAAGUCUUCCAGCCCUGAUAGACCUGAGAGUAACGCAACAGCAACCAAAUCUCAGCCCCCUAACCCAGAGAGCAGCAGGCCUCCCACUGGUUCCCCUAAACCAGAAACUGGAUCUCCAGAAAAGAACCCACUGCGUGGUGAGACCAAGCCUGAAACAGCCCCUCGUCUCAGAGCUACAUCCUCCUCGAGUCCCCCGGGGGGUCCAGUAAGUCCCAAGCCACCGAUGCCGCAGGGGGCGAAGCCUGCCCUGGCUGCUCGACCCAGCAUCCUGCAGAAGCCCAGGACCACCAGUAGCAGCAAGAGCAUAGAUGAGAGUCUAGAUUCCUCCAGCAGCGGCAGUGUGUCUCCUAAAGUAGCCGUUCUCCCCACACUGAAGAGGGCGAUGUCAGAGAAAGAGAAGGAGGGUCAGACCAGUCUGCAGUCAGGAGGCUCCAACAAAACCACUCAGGAAGUGAGGACAGCGUCAGACUCUGUCCAGCGGUCCAAUCCUGUCCGUACCAACUCCGAGGAUCACGGCCCCUUGAAGACCAAGGACCAAACUCCAAACCCAGACAAGGAGAGAGCAGCGGGCAGGAAGUUAUCCGAUUCUAGGGAGGAGGCAGAUAAAGACUUUAUUUUAAUAUGAGCAAAAGACUGUUGACAAGCCUCAGAUGUUCUCCUUAAGAAAUGAAACUAAGGGGGAAUAUGAAAUAUAUGUUUUUAUUUAUGUGAAGAGGUUGUACCUGUUCUCUAGGUCCUGUCCGACCACAAAGUACUUAUCAUGUUUGGUUUGCAGGACGACCUGCUAUAGUAUCAGGUAAUAGACAGUUUCAAAUUCAAUUUAAUUUAAUUUAAUUCACAAAGAAAAUAUUUUGGGGAGUUUGCUUAAUAAUUUUUUGUCAUGUCAUGUCUCCUAGAAAACCAAACUAAAUCUCUUUAGAGCUUCCGUCUCACAAACACAAAUCAAGUUUUCCGGAUUUGAGGAAAUGGGUCGUGGGAUGAUCCGGUUUAUUCAGCCAGUGAACAACAAAACCUGAAACGCAGCAUCGGUUUGUGAAGUAAUACAAAAAGAGAAAAGGCAGAAUUUUUGUGUUUAAAAAAAAAAAAAAGAGACUGUGAAUCUGAGUGUGCGUCUAAAAUUCUUCCUUUAACUACUAAUCUAAAGUCUUUACACUAAUAUGUUGCAGUAGCUUGUCUCCCAGGGACCAAACACAAUAACAACACCACAACCACUGUAGUGUACUUGAACUCUACUUUACAUCAAACCAGACUGGGACCCGCAGUUUAUUUGUAUAGAUUUAUGGAGGAUCUAUUUUCAGUACAUGCAGGUUACCUUCCUUUAUGCAAUUCAUUUUUCUUUUUUACAGGAAAACACAGGUUUCGCUGAGAACAUCAGCAAAAUAAAUAAAUCAGUAAUACACACUUGAUGUAGCUGCGACAGUAAGAAUUUGAGUUAUUCAGAGAGGGCUAAAUGGACUGAAGGACGACAAUAGACUAAAUCAUCACGUUCCCUCUCGUGUGUGAGAGAAUCGGAGUGAUCAUAUGAAGUGUUUGUGCUCUGAGAGGACUGUGGUACCCUUUAACUUCACUAACGACUAAUCAAUAAGGCUUCAGCACUGUUAACCCUCAGCAAACACUGUGGAUGAAACGCAUUCAUCUUUAUUUUUUACAUUCAGCCGCUGACGUCUAUUUUUAAUGAUGUGCUGACGGUCCAAUGACAGCAGAGAACUUACUCAGAAAGAGGAAAAGCAAAGUGUGAAUGAGACCCGCUCGAUUUUUGAGGCAGAUUUUAAACCUCUUCAGUUUUGUGUAAAAGCAAAUACUGAGUUAACUCUUCUUCUUCUUCACCCCGCGUUUUCUAGAGAAUCGUUCUUCAGGACUUUCAGGCUCAGCUCGCUUUCACUUCGUACUGUGCAAUAACGAAACGCUUCUCCAGACUCGCAGCAUCGUGAUCACAUCACAGCCUCUGUAAACGGUGCCUGAAAGUGAAGGUGAGCUGAGGGUAGCACAUGGACCUCUGCUGGACUAUUCUGUAAUAACAACAGGUCUCAGGAUGAUUCCGCUCAUAUUUUUCUCUUAUAAAAGCAAGAAAUGCCCUUUUCACACUGCUUCACUGUCUGUUUCUCGAAAAGAUCUUGGCAGCUUCAUUAACAACCUUCAGAUACAGACUCUGGCAGUUUUCCUAAUGUUGUAAUAUAUAAUUUGGGUCAUAAAACUGGCCUGUCAAACCUAAACUAUACACAGCAUACAUUUGUCCAAAUGAGCUUGUCUAAACUACAGUGUUUCUUGCAUGUUUUGUUGUUUUGUGCCAGGCUGUAGUAAGAGCAGCAGAUCUUAUGCCUAAUCAGUGUGAAAAGGGGCACAACUUUUAUUGUACUGUACAAGAGUCAAGUUCAAGUCCGAGGCCAAAGGUCUCACAGGUGCACCUUUUCCUGUGGCGUCCAUGUCUUUCUGUAGGUUUAAGCUUUGUCGUCACUAAUCAUGGCUUAGAAAUAACACGGUUCCUGCUGUAUAUAGUCAAACUGUCCUACCGAUUUUCAGCCUCAGUCCCAAAAUCAAACGGCAUCUUUGUGUGGAAGGCGUUCCAGAAAACUGGAACCGAAGAAAAAAAAAAAGUGACUGUAUUCUGUUGGCAUUUUAAACCUCUUCCAUUUCCUGAUGCACGACACUUCUAGACACUGGUUUUGUUUUUCUGUGUAGAGUUCCAUAAACAGCUGGUAGCGUUUCUGUCGAGUUUUGUGAAAGACGGACAUUGACUUCCUGUUCUGUUCAGAAAAAUGUUCGUCCACUGCAUCCAUGUGGAGAGAGUGAAAAUGACGAGUAGCAUUGAGUCUAAACUCCUGAGUGAGUGUGUGUGUGUGUGUGUAUGAGAGACUGCAUGACGUGGCUGUGAGUUGUACCGUAUGUACAGUAUAUAUGUGCUUUCAUACAUGUAGGUGUAUGCAUGUGUAUAUAUGUAUGUGUAAUAUAUGCACAUGUAAUAUACUCACUCACUGUGACUUAUUCACACGCCUAUGUGACCACAGCAAAUGCUUUAUUGCUCUGGUACUAAGUUCACGUCUGUACUAGGGGGUUUGUUUGUAACUUAUUUGGAAUUUUAAAAAAAGUUUGCAGGUGAUGUCUUUGAACCGUUGUUUUUUCCUCUCACUUGUACAUUGUGUUCAUAAAUGUAGAAAUUAAUUCUUUGUACGUAUUCAUUUGUUAUUACAUGUAAUCGAUUCAAUGUUACUUUCAUCAUGGUUUCCGAUAAAGAAAUAAUGCAAAACGAUGACAAAACUAAUCAUUUUAUCGGUCUUGAUACAUUAGUUUGUCAUGGAUCAAUAUGUUUCACUAAGUUGUUCUGCUGGUGUUAGACAUUUCCUUCAUGCAAAUAUUAAUUCUGAUUAAAGUCAUUUUACAGGAUUUAAAA